UCCAGGGGGGCAGGACUCUGCAGCUCCAGCCCCGGAGAGGAGGACUCUCUGUGGGUGUGGAGCUGGGAUCACAGCGGACCGGACCGCCGUAAGGAAAGGGAGCUAAAAGCUAGCCGGCUAACUUAGCUGCUAGCUAAUGUAAAAAGCUUUAAAACAUGUUUACUUUCCUUCAAACUGAACGGGAGGCUCGCAGGGUCGGAGGGUCUUGCCAUGACUUAUUUUGUUAUUGUUGUUGUUGAUGUUUUUUCCCCGAGCCUGGAGUUAUGCUCUCACGUAAGAAAAGUAAAAACGAAGCGUCGAAACCAGCCGAGGUUCACGGGAAAUAUGUGAAGAAGGAAACCUCUCCGCUGCUGAGAAAUCUGAUGCCCUCGUUCAUCCGUCAUGGCCCCACGAUCCCCCGACGCACCGAGGUCCCUCUGCCUGACAUGGGCCCCUCUUCCUACCCUGUGGCCCCCGCCCGGGAGCCCGUGGUGUCCCGCAACAAGAGCUUCCUCCGGGCCCCGGUGCAGAGGCCCCCCCAUGAGGUGGCCCGCCGGGAGAGCCACCGCAUGUCUGCCCCCCCGUACCUGCCCCGCAGUCUGGGGGACCUGCCCCACGAGUAUGGGGGCUCCUCGCAGUCCUUCCUUACUGACGUGGGGCCCCUGUCUGAGAACGGAGAUGCCGGCCGGUACUACUACCCCCCCGAGCCUUACUACGACCCCCAGCAGCAGCAGCAGCAGCAGCAGCCCCCCACCAGGAGGGGCCCCGAGCGCUUCCCCGAGGACUAUAGAUACUAUGAGCACAAUGAACACAACUUCCAGAGACUUCCACGACAACACACACCCCCCGCUCCAGGGAGACCCCCCUCAGGCAUCGGGCGCAUCCAGGCCAAGUCUCUGGGGAACCUGUCCAACCUGACGGGGGACGAUGUGCCCCUCCCCCCCGGCUGGACGGUGGACUGGACCAUCCGCGGCAGGAAGUACUACAUCGACCACAACACCAACACCACGCACUGGAGCCACCCGCUGGAGAGGGAGGGCCUCCCCCCCGGCUGGGAGAAGGUGGAGUCGGCAGAGUUCGGGGUCUACUACGUGGACCACAUCAACAAGAGAGCGCAGUACCGACACCCCUGCGCCCCCAGUGUCCCUCGAUACGACCAGCCCCCCCCUCUGCCCCCGCCCGUCACCUACCAGCCCCGCCCAGCAGAGAGGAACCAGCCAGUGCUGGUCCCAGCAAACCCGUACCACACUGCAGAGAUCCCGGACUGGCUGCAGGUGUACGCCCGCGCCCCGCUCAAGUACGACCACAUCCUGAAGUGGGAGCUGUUCCAGCUGGCCGACCUGGACACAUACCAGGGGAUGCUGAAGCUGCUCUUCAUGAAGGAGCUGGAGCACAUCGUCAAGUCCUAUGAGGCGUACCGGCAGGCGCUGCUUUCCGAGCUGGAGGCCCGCAAGCAGAGGCAGAGCUGGUACCAGCAGCAGAACUACAGCGGGAACAUCUGACCCCAGCGUGUGUGUGUGUGUGUGUGAGAGAGUGUGUGAGAGUGUAUGCGAGUGAGAGCGGGGACACCACGCCUCUCUGCGGUCUCAGCCGGUUGGGAGCGGUCGCAGCUUCACUUUGAAAAGAUGACGGACUCCUCGGAGCCUCUUUACCAAACACACGUGUGCCUUCGCUGGAUCCAAAUAUAUCCGACAGGAAGUGACGACUGAAGAACACUCCAUGAAGAAGAGCGUGCUCAGAAACACCCGGACAUUGUGCCUUUUCUUUUUUAAAUACUCAGAUAAAACGCAGCUUUUUUUCUACACCCGUCACUCCUCUCUGUGUGGGGGGGGGACAGGCAGCUUCUUCUAAUUACUCUCUUUAUGAAAAGCUAUUUUUUCCUCUUGCUUUGAACGCCUCGUUAAACCACACUCUGACUUUAGGGUGCUUCUCUCUUUUUAUGACAAUCCACCAAAACUUUGACCGAUAUUUAAGUUUUGAUAUGAAACACGUCUUUAUUGAAAGACUCUUGGCAUUACUGUGUGUGUGUGUGUGUGUGUGUGUGUGUGUGUGUGUGUGUGUGUGUGUGUGUGUGUGUGUGUGUGUGUGUGUGUGUGUGUGUGUGUGUGUGUGUGUGUGUGUGUGUGUGUGUGUGUGUGUGUGUGUGUGUGUGUGUGUGUGUGUGUGUGUGUGUGUGUGUGUGUGUGUGAUGAAAAAUAAUAAGCUACUGGAACCUAAAACACACUUCUUAAAGACACUACGUUUGCCUUUCCUUUCGUUCUGCUUCUCUCUGGAUAUUCCUCGCUCUGGUUUUGCCUUAUUUUAUGGACUGACGUCUCUCUCCUGCAGGAGGGGUGCAGGUUAUUAAAAGCAAUAUAUAUUUAACACUCAGAAAUCAGAUCUAUCCGUUACGAUGCUCAGAAAUGUUUGUCUGGUGGAGACGGUGCUAACUUCCCUAUCAGCUCACUGAGGAGAAAAAGACAUGUUAUAAGACGUUCAAAAUGUAGAAAAUAAAGAGCUAACGGUGUUUAACAGGACCUGAUGAUCAGUGCUUAUAAAUCCAAACACUCUCUGAUGAGGAAGAGGAGAAGUGCUCUUCAUCAGUUUGUAUAUAUCUUAUUUUUUCUGCAUUUCAUAAACAAGACAAAAGCAAUAAAGUCUGCAGUGAAAAAAACA